AUGACACCUCAUCUGAGUUCCCGAGAAAGGGAGAGCAUGAAAAGGGAUUUUUCAAGAAUCUCAAAGAAGGUGUUUGAUAAAGUGUACGACAGUGAGAAUGGGGUGAUGAUAGAGACGGGAGGAUCCAGCAAGAAAACGGGGAACGGAAGGAGCGGGGAUCAAAGUAAACAGCAGAACGGGGAUCAAAGUAAACAGCAGAACGGGGAUCAAAGUAACCAGGGGAACGGGGACAAAGCUUCAGAGGAAGACUCAGAGACCAAGCUGGAGUCCAAACCUGAUACUAAGCCUGGAACUAAUAGCAAGCCUGCAGAUGAGCCCAAAACAGAAACCAAAAAUGGAGACUCAUCAAAAGAAGAAGAUUCACAGGCUGAAGAUGACAGUGAGAGAAAUGAGGAAGAGAUGGAGGUUGAAGAGAGUAAAAGUACACCAGCCAAGUCAAAGAGAAACAAAAAGUCAAAGAAAACAUCAAACCAGCCAUCAAUAACUGCCAUGUUUUCUAGAACGGGAGGGUUUUAUUUUACCCCGGGAAGAGAAAGUCUAUGGCUGAUGAUGGGGGUGUUGCUGUCCCCUGACCAGGAGAAGGAGGUGAAGAAAGCGAAGUUAGAGGAUGGAGAAACCGUGGACCUGGAGGGGUGA